AUGGCCCUCGAAUACGCCGACCUCGCUCCCUGCGGUCAAAUAUGCAUCAAGAGCAUGUUUGAACAGGCAUACAACAUGAACUGCCCCCCGUAUCCCGACGGCCGGCCGAAUGUUGAAUGCCUUUGCAAAGACGCCAACUUCCUCAACGGCAUCCACGACUGUGCUUUUGCGACCUGCAAUACCCCGGACGCUGAAAACACUGUUAGUCUCGCUGCGAUAUAUUGCACGGAUCCAAAAUACAAAUCCCCUGACUGUCCCUGCCUGGACCCGCUCCUGCAACCUGGCGCUUCGCCUGCGAUUAUCGCCCCCGCGCCCGAAGUCAAUUCCAAUUCCGACUCCGGCUCUGGUUCCCCCGCGAACAACGACGAUGUCUCGAAUUCCUCUGACUCGACAACCUCGAACCCAAACUCGAACUCGAACACGAACUCGGACGACGGCGCCAUCCCCAACGGCGGUAACAACGACAACACCUUCGUCGCUACUCCCACCACUAACGGUGAUGGUGCUGUGUCGUCUAAUGAUGUGGAAACAGGAGAAGGAGGAGGAUUAAAGACGGUUACUGCGUAUGUGGCUCCUAAAGUUAGUGAGUUGGGUAAUACUGCUUCUGCUGGUGCUAGCAAGACGAAUGAGCUGGAUCAUGCAGAUGCUAGUACGCCCACGUCUACUAGUUCGGGUGCGACGGAGAAGAAUGGCACCGGGGCUAGGGAGAUGGGGAAUUUGCGGGAGAGGGUGUUGUUGGCUGUUGUGUUGGGGUUUGUGAUGGUUCUUUAG